GUGACGUAUAAUCUAGUGGACGGGACACUUCAACAAUAACAGCUCGUCCGACACCUCAGCAGCUAGUGAACCAAUAUAGCCGAACGAUUCAAGCUCUUUAGACUGUUUCGGUUGAUAUUAGUCACCGUGUUUUAAGCCUACUUCUUUCGUAUCUACCAGUUGCCCCAUUUUAUUUAAUAUUUACGUUGUUGUUGGUAGUCAGCUACAUCAGCUGUCUCGUUAAUUUAGCACUAGCCGCUAAUUCUGGCUAGCUAGCAUCCCGACCAUGAGCUCCCUAAACUACUCACUCGUUAAAGAAGAGGAGGUCUGCUGGACGGAGAAAGAAGCUCUGGGGCUGAACAUUGUCGUGAAAGAGGAGAAAGAAGAGGAGGAUGUCACAGUAAAAAUAGAAGUAGAGAGUGAGGAGGAGGGAGCGAUAACUGUCAUAUUGAAAGAGGAGGAAGAAGAGGAGGAGAGAGGAGAGAGACUUGACUAUCGUGGAUCUUCUGGGGAGCCUCAACAACAUCAUGAUGCUGACGACGCAGAGAAGAGUCUCUCCAGAUCAGAACACCUCAAGGAACACCAGCGAAAACCCACGGGGAAGAAACCUCACUGCUGCUCUGACUGUGGGAAGAGUUACUCAAGAUCUGAUUCACUAAAAGUACACCAGAGAAUUCACACAGGAGAGAAAUCUUACAACUGUGAUCAAUGUGGAAAGAGAUGCUCUUCUUCAUCAGAACUUACAAUACACCAGAGAAUCCAUACAGGAGAGAAACCUUAUAGCUGCUCUCAGUGUGGAAUGAGUUUUUCUCGAUCAUAUUCAUUGAAAUCACACCUAAGAAUUCACACAGGAGAGAAACCAUAUGGCUGUGAUCAAUGUGGGAAAAGUUUUGCUACCUCAGCUAACCUGACUGCACACAAGAGAAUACACACAGGAGAGAAGCCUUACCACUGCUCUGACUGCGGAAUGAGCUUUAUCACUUCACGGGAACUACUCCUACACCAGAGAACACACACAGGAGAGCAACCUUAUAGCUGUGAUCAAUGUGGGAAGAGUUUUACUCAGUCAAACAACCUGAUAUCACACCAGAGAACACACACAGGACAGAAGCCCUAUACCUGUGAUCGGUGUGGGAAAAGCUUUACUCAGUCAGGUCACCUGAAAUCACACCAGAGAACCCACACAGGAGAGAAGCCUUAUAGCUGUGAUCAGUGUGGGAAGAGAUAUUCUGAUUUAAGAGAUCUGAAUAAACAUAAUAACAUACAUCCAGAUUGUGGAAUGACUGCCAACACCAGUCCUGGGUAGUAGAACAUAGAUUGUGGAAUGACUGCCAACACCAGUCCUGGGUAGUAGAACAUAGAUUGUGGAAUGACUGCCAACACCAGUCCUGGGUAGUAGAACACAGAUUGUGGAAUGACCUCCAACACCAGACCUGGGUAGUAGAACACUGCAUCGUGAGGUUUUUAUAUAGUACUUGUGCAGAGCAUUCUAUAUUGGAGAUUUAGAAAAAAUUGAGUUUGUGUUGGAGGGGUUGUUAUUCACACUCAUUAUCUUUCCUGAUUGAAGUCAACUUUAUUUUAAUCUUUAGUUUUUCCUCACCACAUGGAAUGAAUGUCAGAAUCCUCUCAAAUUACACUCCCUAGUGUCUUUUGGUCACUUCAGGGAUUUGGUGAGAUACCUGGUCACAGAGGAAUGGACGUGUUUCUCAGAACUUCUGAUGAGAAAUAUGACUGUCUUGAUGAGUUGGUGAAUUCUGAUAUUCUGGUUGAUUGUGGCUAGUUUCCUGUUUGUUUCUUUGUAUUUAUCAUGCCCCCCUUCAGUUAAUUUAACCUAGUUUAUGAUCAAAUGAUUGAAGCUACAUGACAGACCCAUUACAGUACAUCCCAUCCAUCCUCCCCAGACUAAGAUAUUUUACCAGACGUUAUGGUAUGCCUGCCAACAGGUCCUGGUCGGAGGACGCUACGUGUUGGUGGUAUGCCCUGGUCGGAGGACACUACGUGUUGGUGGUAUGCCCUGGUCGGAGGACACUACAUGUUGGUGGUAUGCCCUGGUCAGAGUACGCUAUGUGUUGGUGGUAUGCCCUGGUCGGACGACGCUACGUGUUGGUGGUAUGCUCCAGUCAAGGAUACCGUUCAUACAUAACUAUAUUUCAUAAAUGCAGUUCAAAAAUAAAUAGUUAAUAAACAGUUGAUACAGUGCCUUUGGAAAGUAUUCAGACCCCUUGAAUUUUUUCACAUUUUGUUACUUACAGCCUCAUUCUAAAAUGGAUUAAAUGAUGUUGCUUUAGUCAAAUCCUUCUACUCAGCACACAUGGUGGACUGGUGUGUGUAUGUGCUUGUAAUUGGUUUGUAAACUUUAAAUGUUUCAAAUUAUCACUUUGAAUUUGCUUUAAUCAAUGUAUGUUUCCCUCUAUGUACGUUUCAUAUAAUGUUAUAUAAUAUUCAUUAAAUGAAAACAAUGGUUGAAAGUGAAACUUUUUUCCCUGAACUGCAUUACCCACUCCAGUCAGCAGAUGGCGAUGUGCAUUUUUCAGGCGAUGCUGCCUGAGUGUGACGUAUGAUCUAGUGGACGGAACGCUUCUUCAACAGUAACAGCUAAUCGGCCACCUCAGUAGAACCGAGGUAAAGACAGUUUCAGGUUGGAUAUUUGACGGAUAUUCGCCUUUAGUUUUCCUGACGUCCACCAACUGCAGUUAGGGACUGUCAACAUAGGGACAAAUAAAAAUUUUCAAAUUUCAA